AAAAACUGAAUGAAUAUCCAUCACUCACAAAACUCUGUGUGCAAGACUUGAAACAAUUCUCUCUCUCUCUCUCUCUCUCUCUCUCUCCAAUUUGAUCGCAGCCAUGUCCGCGGUAGCUAUAGAGCCUCUUCGAUACCCCUGUCGGAGAGACCACCCCAAAUUCACCUCCAGUUCGAAAAAAACUAAGGCAUUUUCUACAAAUUACGCUCCGCUGCCUCUAUCCGUUGGCGCCAGCCACUGCAGAUUCAGACCGGCUCGAGCUCUCCCAAUCAGAGCGACCUCCGUCGAUACGGCAGCUGUGGUGGAGACCUUGCAAUCCGACGACGUCUUCUUCAAGGAGACAUUUCCGUUAGAACGCAUUCAAAAGGUAGAAGGAAAGAUAUCUGUCAGAUUGGAUGGAGGGAAAGGUCAAGAAAAUUGGCAGCUUACUGUGGGAUGCAAUAUUCCGGGGAAGUGGGUUCUUCAUUGGGGAGUAAAUUAUGUCAAGGACGUUGGCAGGAAAUUAUAUGCGGUGAUCUAUUUUAGAGCCUGUGACAUUUUUCUAUCUUUUCUUUCAAAAUGUCGCAGUGAAUGGGAUCAACCUCCAGCUGAGAUGAGGCCUGUGGGCUCCAUACUCAUUAAGGAUUAUGCAAUUGAGACUCCUCUGAAGAAAUCGGCCACAGUGGUAGAAGGAAAUGUGAAUUAUGAAGUGAAGAUAGAUAUUUGUACAAACAAAGAUGUUGCAGCUAUAAAUUUUGUUUUGAAGGAUGUGGAAACUGGAGCUUGGUAUCAGCACAGAGGAAGAGACUUCAAGGUGGCUCUUAUUGACUACCUUCGUGAAGAUGGCAGUAUUGUAGGAGCUAAAAAGGGUUUGGGUGUAUGGUCAGGGACGUUUGGACAGCUAUCCAGCAUCUUCCUCAAAUCAGAAGGAGCUCAUCCUGAGGUUGAAGAAAGCAUUGAAUCCGGAGAUCCUAAUCUAGCUAAGCGCCUAGAGGGUUUCUUUGAGGAGCACUCUAUUGUAAAGGAAGUUCAUAUCAAUAACUCAGUGAGCGUUGUUGUACAAAAAUGUCCAAAAACAUCCAAGAAUCUAUUGCAUAUAGAAACUGAUCUCACUGGAGACAUUGUCAUCCACUGGGGUGUUUGCAAGGAUGAUGAUAAGAAAUGGGAGAUUCCAGCUGAGCCAUAUCCUGCUGAAACAACAGUAUUCAAGAAUAAAGCAUUGCGGACUGUAUUGAAGAAAAAAGAGAGUGUGCAGGGUGGUUGGAGUUCAUUUACUUUGGACGAAGGAUACAAAGGAUUUGUUUUUGUGCUCAAGAUAAAUGAAAACACAUGGUUGAAUUGUAUGGGAAAUGAUUUUUAUGUACCCCUUCCAAAUUCAAGUGGCUUGCCUGCACAAUCUAUUUCUGGUCAAAGACGGGAAGAGACAAAUCAAGCAGUUUCUCCUGAUGUAUAUACUGAUGGAAUCAUCAAGGAAAUAAGAAAUUUGGUGGGUAACAUUUCCUCAGAGAAGAGUCGCAAAACAAAAACAAAAGAAGCUCAAGAAAGCAUUCUUCAAGAAAUCGAAAAGCUAGCUGCGGAAGCCUAUAGCAUCUUUAGAACUUCUAUUCCAACCUUUUCAGAGGAAGCUGUUGUGGAAUCCGAGGCAUUAAAACCGGCCGCACAAAUAAGUUCGGGAACGGGUUCAGGUUUUGAAAUUCUGUGCCAAGGAUUUAACUGGGAGUCUCAAAAAUCCGGAAGAUGGUACAUGGAGCUCAAAGAAAAAAUUGCUGAAAUAUCUUCUCUUGGUUUCACUGUGGUUUGGUUACCACCACCGACAGACUCUGUGUCACCUGAAGGCUACAUGCCAAGGGAUUUAUACAACUUGAAUUCCAGAUACGGAAAUACUGAUGAGCUGAAGCUUCUGGUGAAAAGAUUCCAUGAAGUUGGUAUCAAAGUUCUCGGAGAUGUUGUCCUAAAUCACCGUUGUGCACAAUAUAGGAAUCAAAAUGGUGUAUGGAAUAUUUUCGGUGGUCUUCUAAAUUGGGAUGAUCGUGCAGUUGUUGCAGAUGAUCCACAUUUCCAGGGAAGAGGCAACAAGAGUAGUGGAGAUAAUUUCCAUGCUGCACCAAAUAUAGAUCAUUCGCAGGAAUUUGUGAGGAAGGAUCUUAAAGAAUGGCUACUUUGGCUAAGGAAAGAAAUUGGGUAUGAUGGGUGGAGGCUUGAUUUCGUUCGGGGAUUCUGGGGGGGUUAUGUCAAGGACUACUUGGAUGCAACUGGACCUUACUUUGCUGUAGGCGAGUACUGGGAUUCUCUCAGCUACACUUAUGGUGAGAUGGAUCACAAUCAAGAUGCACAUAGGCAGAGAAUUAUUGACUGGAUCAAUGCUACCAGUGGAACUGCUGGUGCAUUUGACGUCACUACAAAAGGAAUUCUUCAUGCUGCACUUGAAAGAUGUGAAUAUUGGCGAUUAUCAGAUCAGAAGGGAAAACCUCCAGGAGUGGUUGGGUGGUGGCCAUCUCGUGCUGUUACAUUCAUAGAAAAUCAUGAUACAGGUUCUACUCAGGGUCAUUGGAGAUUCCCAGGUGGAAAGGAGAUGCAAGGGUAUGCUUACAUCCUGACUCAUCCUGGAACGCCAGCAGUUUUCUAUGACCACAUUUUCUCCCACUUGCGAUCUGAAAUUUCGGCACUUAUUUCCCUGAGGAACCGGAAUAAGAUCCACUGUCGGAGUACAGUUCAAAUAACCAAGGCAGAAAGGGAUGUUUAUGCAGCCGUGAUAGGCGAGAAAGUGGCAGUGAAGAUAGGCCCAGGGUAUUAUAAACCUCCAAGUGGGCCCCAAAGCUGGUCUUUGGCCGCAGAGGGAAAAGAUUACAAGGUCUGGGAAGCCUCAUAAAAUUUCUCGAACACACGUCGAAGAAUGUAAGUUACAUUGAAGAACAUCUUGGACCCAGAAGAGACAAUAAACCCUUAACCUACAAGUGAAACUUCCCCCACCUAGAGUCACUUGAAGGGACCCUUCCUCCUGUAGCUACUUCUAGAUGGCUUUUGUUGACAUUUCAGACACCUUUGUUUGAGAAAUUAGGUGCUGAGAUGAGGGUAUAAAUGGGGCUGGAGAAUAAAUCGUUUACUCGUUUGUAUUUAAAAUUACACGGUGUAAACCCAUGAAGAUAAACAUGCUUGAAGGUAACCACAAGUCCUGGGAUCAACGAUGUAAACUCUACGUAGACAGCUAUACACAUUGGUUCUUACUUAAUAAAGGUGAUUUACAACAAAA